GUCAAAAGUUGGUAAACACAAAUUUUAGGUCAGUCAAUUUGUUUUCUAUAGUUUUCUGUAAGUCUGUAAAUAAAUACUAGGAAACACGAAGUUUAAUCUCAAUAUUACCAAAUUAUAAACUUUCUAUAAACAAUGUCGAUGGUAACCUCACCUUCCAUAGAACUUAGUUCUUACCGAGACCAACAUUUUAAGGGUACUAGAGCCGAACAGGACGGAUUAUUAAGACUAUCGACCACAUUAUACGUUGGAAAUUUAUCUUUUUAUACAACUGAAGAACAAAUCUAUGAACUCUUUUCAAAAUGUGGGGAUAUAAGAAGAGUUGUAAUGGGUUUAGAUAAAUAUAAGAAGACACCCUGUGGGUUUUGUUUUGUAGAGUACUAUAACAGAGCUGAUGCAGAAAACUGUUUAAGGUAUAUAAAUGGUACUCGUUUAGAUGAUAGAAUAGUAAGAACAGAUUGGGAUGCUGGAUUUAUAGAAGGUAGACAAUAUGGUAGAGGAAAAACAGGAGGACAGGUACGUGACGAAUAUAGGACUGAUUAUGACUCUGGAAGAGGAGGGUAUGGUAAAAUAAUCCAGCAAAAAAUUGGAAUUGAGACUCCAGCUUUUUUGAGAUAAACAUUGCUGUAUUUUUCAUUUAUUUUAAAGUUAGGUUGAAUAUAAAAGAAAUGACGAAAUAUGAAAAUCUUAAUUCAAUUUUGAAAUGUUUUUCAUUGAGAAUGAAAAUAAUUUAUUGAUUGUACAAUAUUUGAUAUAACAUAU